AUGGAACAAACAUCUCCUCCCCGGAAAAAUAAAAGGUCAUGCACAAGAUUAUUUUGGGCAGUGUUUCCUCAUGCCUGCUUCCUCGCUUCUCUAGUGAUCUAUGCUUUGCUGGGGGCUGUCAUGUUCUCUCACAUUGAGGGGAACAGGAAGAUCACUGAGAGCAAAGAAUACGAAGAUUUUAUGCACAGUCUGUGGAACAUCUCGCAAAAUUUAUCAGCGUACGCAGAAAACUGGUCAGAAGUUAAGGAGCUAUUUAAGAACAAAACUGUUCCUCUGCUCAAGGAUGCUAGAUCCGAAUGGUUUGCCAAUCCAAAAGAACAAUGGUCCUUCCUGGGGUCUCUGUUUUUCUGCUGUACUGUAUUCACAACAGUGGGUUAUGGCCAUACCUACCCUAUAACGAAGCUUGGGAAAUACUUGUGUAUGUUAUAUGCUUUUUUUGGUAUCCCUCUGAUGUUCUUGGUUCUGACUGACAUGGGAGACAUCCUGGCAACUAUCUUGUCCAAGUCCUACAAUGAAUUCAGAAAACUUCAGUCAAAAAUUCUAACUUGCAAACUGUGCUGCAAGAAAAACAGGGACACCAAAGAUGGGAUGUCGCUACUUAUGAAACAAAGAAUAGUGAUCCGCGAACCCCUGAGUAUCACAGAAGUGCUGAAAAGUCAAUCCUCUGUUAUAAGGAAAUCACAGCAAAGCCGCAAUGUUGAAAUAUUUGAAAUGCUAAUUGCCAGAGAAAAUCAGUACCUUGCGCCAUCAGUAAAUAAAAAACUUGAAAGAUGGAGUUCAUGUCCUGAACUAGAUAGGAGAAAGAUGAUGAGCCAUGUCAUUGACAACUUUGACAAAAUAGGAAAAGAACUUGAAAAGCUAGAUGUGCCCAUCAUUUUAAUGGCACUGAUUGUCUUUGCAUACAUCUCCUGUGCAGCAGCUAUUCUUCCAAACUGGGAGCAAAUGAAUUUUGAGGAAGCAUUUUAUUUUUGCUUCAUCACCUUGACAACCAUUGGGUUUGGAGACAUUCACCUGCAACAUCCCAACUUUUUCUUGUUUUUUUCCCUCUACAUUGUAAUUGGCAUGGAAGCAGUCAUCAUUGCAUUUAAACUGGGCCAAGAUCGAUUGAUCUCUUUUUACAAAAAUUUGAUUUCAUACUUUGGUCAGAAAAAGGCAACCCAAUAUAAGCAGGCUCCAUUUACAAAACAUGUAUUGCAGCAGCCCCUGACACAUUCACUGGCAAUUGCACUAAAGUGA